GGCGCCGGCCCUGGCGGCCGCGCCCGCCGCGGGGGGCGGGGUCGGGGGCGAGCCGCUGGAGCGGAGGGUGAUGGCGGCGGUCAAGGCGUCGGAGGCGCGCGGGGACCCGCCGCUGCUGCGCGCGGUGGAGAUCUCCCGCCUCGUCGCCGGGGAGCCCGGGGCCGGGGUCCCCAGCGCGGACCUCGCCGGGAUCCUCGUCUCCAACCUCUGCUUCGCGCACAACUCGCCCUCGCUCUGGAAGCUGCUCGACCAGGCCAUGUCGUCCCGCCUCCUCUGCCCGCUCCACGUCCUCGCGCUCCUCACCGCCAGGGUUCUGCCGCAGCGGCGGGCGCAGCCGGAGGCGUACCGGCUGUACCUGGAGCUGCUGAAGGGCAACGUCACGUCCUCCUCGCUGUCUCUCCUGGCCGGGUCUAAUCGUGACAAGAUAACGAAAUCCAUCGACGCUGCUCUGCAACUGUCCAAAAGCUACGGGGUUUCUGGAACGGACUUUGGGCAUGUUGUCAUCCUGUUUGUGUUGAUUGUUAUCACCAAACUGAUCGACUCCGUGCUGGAGGAUUGCGGUAUUUCAUCUGGAAUGACGCAGGACCAGGAGAGUGUAUAUCCCAUUGAAGGGCCACAGCCCAUGGACAUGGAUGUCAAGGGGGUCUCCGCUGUGAAGCAAAAUGAGCAGCGUGAACAGUUGCGUCGAAGGAACAUCGUCAUGGCUUUGGAAGUGUUGCAUAUCAUGGCCGCUGAUACGAAGAUUCAGGCAUUUCUGCGCUUGAUAUGCCUUAACAUGCCUGACAAAUUCAGUGUUCUGAGCCAGAGGCUGACACUGAUUGAAGCUCACAAGAUGGCACUCGAGAGAUUAUUGCCUACUAGCCAUAAAAUUGAUGAUCUGGUGAUGUAUAUCUGGAGAGUGAGCAAUCUAGAUUACCAACCAAACAACAAACGGCUUGUGGGUGUUCUUGGUAACUUGAGAUCCAGCAAUUCCAUGCUGGGCCAACUUACAGGAGCUGGGAGAGCUGCCUGUUGGAUUAUAUUUGAUAUUUACAUGGAGAAUGCAAUGGAUGGGAGGCAUCUAGGCGGUAUAUCUGCUAUCGAGAUUAUAAAAGAAAUGUCCAAGACAGCCCAAGCAAUUAAUGAGGCAAGUUGGCAGGAAACUUUUAAAGCUCUUUGGAUUUCCGCCCUUCGUCUUGUACAGCGGGCUAGAGAACCUCUAGAGGGUCCAAUUCCUCAUCUAGACACAAGAUUAUGCAUGCUAUUAGCUCUUAUUCCACUAGCAAUUGCUGCAAUUCUCAAGGAAGAAACUGAUGCAUGUGGAGCUGAAGGAAACAAAAGUCUGCCCCGAAGACUAGGACUUGUAUCUUCUCUUCAGGAUUUGGUGCAAUAUUCAGGACUUCUUGUACCACCUUCAUCAUUAGUGAAUGUGGCCAAUGCUGCGGCUUCAAAAGCUGCAAUAUUUAGGGCCAACUGUAAGGUUGUUGGUGGCAACCCUAGCAUGAUUGGCCAGAGUGACUCUUCGACGAAAGCUGUUGGAAACAUGCUACAUCUUAUAGUUGAAGCCUGUAUUUCGAGGAAUUUGAUCGACACAACUGCUUACUUGUGGCCUGGUUAUGUUGUACUGCCGGGGCAUUCGAAGGAUACAUCUUUACCCCAGGAAUCGCCAUGGGUAAACUUUAUGCAAGGAGCUCCACUAUCUGAUCCACUGAAAAAUGCUCUCAUUGCUACUCCUGCUUCAAGUGUUGCAGAAUUGGAUAAACUGUACCACAUCGCAUUGAAUGGUUCAGAACAAGAAAAGUCAGCUGCAGCUAAAAUUGUUUGCGGUGCAUCACUUGUGCGUGGUUGGAAUAUUCAGGAACAUGUUGUCCGCAUGGUGGUCAAGUUAUUGUCGCCUCCUUUGCCCUCAGAUUCUUCAUUACAGGGGAGCAUGAGCCACUACCUUAGUCAGAAGUCUACCUUAAAUGCAAUCUUACUUGGUGUCUCAUAUGUCGAUGCUGUCCACAUUUUUUCUUUGUAUGGAAUGGUUCCAGAUGUUGCCGCAGCUUUAAUGCCACUCUGUGAAGCUUUUGGGUCAAUGCCACCCCCAUCUAACCACAGGUCUACCAUUGUUGAUGAAACGUCGGUUUACUCGGUCUUCUCUUGUGCAUUUCUUUGUCUUCUCCGGUUGUGGAAAUUUUACAAGCCCCCUCAAGAAUAUUGUCUUGCUGGCCGUGGAGGCUCAGUAAGGUUGGAACUUACUCUGGACUAUUUGGUGUUAAUGCACAAUAGCCGUAUUGAGUUCCCAAAUUCAUCUGCUACUAGUACCAACUCUGGCAGCAGUACGGGCUCGUUCGACGAGGUCCCAACCCAACCAAUUUAUAUUGACUCCUUCCCCAAGCUAAGGGCUUGGUACAUUCAGAAUCAAGCUUGCAUAGCCUCUACUCUUUCUGGACUUGGCAAUACAAAUCCUGUCCAUCAAGUUGCAAACAAAAUUUUGAGUAUGAUUUGCCGAAAAAUGACUAAAAGCGGGGUAGUAUCUGGUAAUCUUUCAUCUGCUUCCAGUAGCAGUGUCAGUGGUUCCUCUCUAAGUACAUCUGAUGAUUCUUACCAAAGGCCGACACUUCCAGCAUGGGAAUUUCUAGAAGCAGUUCCUUAUGUUCUUGAAGCUGUUCUUACAGCUUGUUAUCACGGGAGGAUUUCCAGCCGAGACAUGACUACCAGUUUACGGGAUCUAGUGGACUUCUUACCAGCUUCUCUUGCUGCAAUUGUUAGCUACUUCUCAGCAGAAAUUACACGAGGAAUAUGGAAAGCUGUCCCUAUGAAUGGAACUGAAUGGCCCAGCCCUGGUGCUGCUCUUCACUCCAUUGAAGAUGAAGUAAAGGAAAUCCUUGCAUCUGCUGGUGUUCAGAUUCAUAGCUGCUAUCCACGUGGUGUGCCGCCAAUGCUUCCUUUACCAAUGGCUGCACUUGUCAGCUUGACAAUUACGUUUAAGCUGGAUAGGAGUCUCGACUACAUUCACGGGAUCAUUGGUCAGGCACUGGAGAACUGUGCAGGGGGUAGUUCCUGGCCAAGCAUGCCCAUCAUAGGGGCCUUGUGGACACAGAAAGUGCGAAGGUGGCAUGAUUUUAUUGUCCUCUCAUGUAUUCGGUCUCCGUUUGGCAGAGACAAAGAUGCGGUGGCACAGCUCAUCCAAAGUUGCUUCUCAUCCUUUCUGCGCUCAUCCCCAUCCAGUGGGUCUGAUAUUACUGCAAGCCGUGGAGUUGGAGCUUUAAUGGGAGAGUCAAUCACAGGCCACCAAGGUCUUCAUUUUCCCAUGGCCCCUGGAUUCAUCUACCUGAGAACUUGUCGAACAUUCCACGAUACUUACUUUGUGAGCGAGAUGAUCCUCAGGCAAGUGAUUGAUUGUUCCCACAAACUUGCAAAUGGAUGGUCUUCCAAUGGGCCUCCGCAUUUAAAAUCAGGUCGACCGCCACUGUCUGGUGCUGCAUCCAUGGCUUCUCAGGUUGCCAUGCUUGGUGCGGGACUGCUGUGUGUUGCAGGGGGCCCUCUCCUGGUCCAGGUGCUAUAUGAGGAGACCUUGCCGACGCUACUGCUAUCAGCUCAGGAACAGAUGUUGGAAGACCCUGGACCGGUGGCCAGCACACUUCAAGGUUAUGCCAUGGCCAACAUGCUUUUCUUCUGUGGGAGUCUACUCUGGGGCUCAGAAAAGACUUCUCCCAUCAUGAAACUGUCAUUCCUCUCGAGAAGACCGCGAGUGGUGGGCACCCACAUGGAUUUCAUUGCUGGUGUUCUGGAUGGGCACAUCCUGCUGGGGUGCGACCCAGGUACGUGGAAGGCGUACGUAUCGUGCUUUGUAUUCCUUGUGGUGAAGUUUGUCCCGACAUGGCUACGGGACAUAAAACUGGACACACUGAAGAAGAUUGCCGUGGGGCUUCGAAGUUGGCACGAGCAUGAUCUUGCCCUAUCACUACUCGAGCGAGGAGGACCAAAGACAAUCUCUGCUGUAGUUGAAACCUUGCUACAAUGAUCUUGCCUUGUGUAAUUUUUUGCCCCCAACCUAACUUGUAGGAGCCAUUGCAGUCUCAAGCCUGAAUUCCGGCUGGUGAGCCAUCAGGCCAGCAAAUAGUCGUGUUCAUCUGUGGAGUAGUGUCAGGUUAUCUUGUAUGGUCUCUUUGCUGGAUGUUUUACUGAAGUAUGUAAGUUCAAAUUCUCAGAGCCGAUGACAAGUAUCCUGGGUAAAGUACCCCAGCUGUAAUAACAUGUGUAAUAUAACAUGGGGCACUGUACGCCUACAAUUAAUUAGCCCCUCCUUUUAGAAGAAAA